AUGUCUCGGCCCCAAUACGACCCAUUGAUGGAUGAGAUCUUUGCGAUAUCAUCUGGGGAGGAGCUCUCCCGGGAACCACUAGUCUCACCAAAGUACGUGAUGCGAGCUGCAGAGAUUCUUGCGGUGGACCUUCUAGAAGAGAGUUUCCUGGUGCCUGUGCUGAAGACGUUGCUUCCGUCCUUGAGCAACGCUUACCAAAGUGGAUGUUUGGAAGAGGACCCGUGCACGGUCUGCGAAUUUGGCUACGCUUUCCAGGAACUACCUUCGUCGCUGUCUCUUCUGGCCAAAGAGCGCCAAGCCCAACGGCAGGUUGCGCCGGAACAUCCAGAACGGGCAUGUGAGGAAUGCGGUGGCGAACCCAUUGACUAUUGCCCUGCGUGUGAGGGAGUUUUUUGCCGUGGCUGCUUUCAGCGCUUGCAUUGCAGAGGGCGCCGGGCUGAGCAUCUUCGGCUUGAUCUCUCCAUGGCAGGUUUCAAAAUGAAAUCCAAUGUCGAGACGAUGCAGAACCAGGUUGUCAAUGUGCAGUGGCAUCCCUUCCAUGAUGAUCAUGGCAUUCGAUACUACUACAACUUUGAAACACAUCGGCUGCUGCGACUGCAGCUGAUGUGCAUCGAACGGUCCUGUGCCAAGCUGCUGUUUGUUCGUGAUGCCAUGGCAGCAGCAAAGUUGUCCGCACCAAGUGCCCGCCGUGUCUAUCCGCGGGUCUCUGCCAGCGAAAGGGCCAAGCUAAGAGCUGGACUGGCUGAGGACGAUUUCGAAGGCUUCUGCGUGAACACAGCGCCGAAUUCCGAGGAGGUGCGUGAGAAUGUCAUCGAGAAACCGGCGACCGAUGCCUUCAGACAUGAUGCCCAGUACAUGGCAACCCACAUCAGCAUUGCGCCGCCAGAGUCCAAACUGGACCUCACGGUGCGCGACACACGUGCCCUUCCAACCCCGGCAAGUCUUGGUGCAGUGCAUUCAGCCUUAGGACAUCCGCUGCGAAGUGACCGAAAUGGCUUUGCACCUGCGGGGCAUCCGUCUGAUGAGUUUUAUGAUGCAGCUGCAGCCCGCGCACCGCCACAACCGGUACCUGACACCACACAGAAACUAGAAAAUGAGUUCCUUGAAACUAUCGAGGCAUCCUGGUACACUGGAGAUGCAGAACCAGAUCUUUGGAGGCAAUAUGCCAAGCGAGCGGAGGAACUGCUGAUUACAAUGCCAUUGGAUCGCAUUCUCAGAGUUCUCAAAGCAUUUGUCAUGGCAAAGUACCGUGGACCAGAUCUCCUGAAUCGCAUUGCGGCUGAACUUGCUAGGGAAACCAAGAAUGCAUCCUCAACAAGACUGUGCCAAGUCUUCCACUGGCUUGCCAAAGCUGGCAUCCGCGAUCAGACUUUGAUGUCACUGAUGGGUAACGAGGCGCUCUUCCGCCUGUCCGAUGAUUUUGUCCUGGACAUGUAUAUCGAGGUGAUGAAUGCCCAUGCACGGCUCGACCUUCGUAAUCCUCGUUUGGUGGCUGCCAUGUUGCGGGAGAUGGCACCCUUCUUUCGUGAACUUAGCAAGGACCAGUGUAGCGCUGUGGCACCUUUGACAGUGAUGACCGUUUUCUCGGAUGAUGCACGGGUGCAAUACCUUUCUCGCUGCGCGGAGUUGAAUAUGGGUUUGCCUGUCCGAAUGACACAACCUGCAGUUCUAAAGCAAUUCCGUCUUCUAGAAGAUUGCCUGCGACUAGACUAUCAUCCCACCAACCUUCCAGGGCAAGUCCAGUUAUGGCUGCAAAAUUUGAAAGCAGAAAGUGAGGCCCUGGACAACGUGGAGUCUACGCCGCUCUCGCCUGUGGAAGAUGAUAUUUGCCGAGUCCUCCAGGAAGAAAUGAACGUUGCCGUGACCCCCUGCUUGCCUGACGGUGUUCUGACGCUCCAUCUCGUCAUGGGGAAGACUGUCUUGCAGGUCAUGGAUGAGUACCACGAUUACUACGUCACGGCUGCAAUGAACGAGGGCCACCAGAGACAGCGCUUGAUCCGUGCAGAGACGAAGCUGCAGCAGAGGCUAAUCUGGCGCCGUGGCUGGAGGCUCCUGACGCUGGAUGCAGAAGAGUGGAGGAAACUCACAGACGACAUCUACAAAAAGGACUUGCUUGAGGAGCUGCUGGUGCAUGGACAAAGGAGCAUUCGCCACUAGCUGCAUCUAGCUGCUCUACGGCCAUGUUCUGCCGGGGUGCUGUGUUUUCGAAUCCACACCAGAGUCUCACAGCAAUGGAUCCAACGGACAAAGUCCAACUGGGGCUACCGGGUGUUGUGUCACAUCUUCCAGGGGUGUGCCAUGAUCCUGCU